ACUGGUAUCAAGUAUUAGACUAUCAACUCGCCAUGCGUUGUUGACUGUACACACACUCUGCUACAGUUUGAGAUAAAGGACUAGUCAGCAGUGUUGAAACGCUGUGAUUAUUUGGUGAUAUGGAGCGGUGUUAUGUGUGAUGAUAUUUGUUGUCCGAAAAUAUUGCUCUCGUAAAAUUUUCGAGAAGAUAAUUAUGGCUCUCAUUGGUGGUGAUGGCAGUACUCUAGCUGUGAACAUAAGUGGGAUGAGAAAAAAAUACAAGGAUAAAUCAGAUGUCUUCACAGAAAGUGAUAUCACGGACAAGAAUCCGUAUAGCCUUUUUAAAAUUUGGUUUGAUGAGGCGUGCAAAAAUCCUCAAAUAUUUGAAGCGAAUGCCAUGUGCUUAGCAACUGCAAGUAGAUCAGGGAUGCCGUCGUGCCGUUAUGUUCUCCUCAAAGGUUAUGGAACUGAUGGCUUUAAAUUCUAUACGAAUUAUGAAAGCAGAAAAGGAAAAGAACUAGCCGAAAAUCCUGUAGCUGCUUUAAAUUUCUACUGGGCACCUUUAGCUAGACAGGUCCGAAUUGAGGGUGUUGUUGAGAAACUAUCAGAACAAGAAUCUGAUGAAUACUUCCAUUCAAGGCCAGUUGAUAGCCAGAUUGGAGCCUGUAUCAGCCAUCAGAGCACUGUUAUUUCAGGCAGAGAGGAACUUAUUGAAGCAGGCCAUAAGAUUCGAGAGGACUAUGUCAGUCAAGGGAAAGAAAUUCCUCGACCAAAUGAAUGGGGUGGCUUCAUUGUGAAACCAACUACUUUUGAGUUUUGGCAAGGACAGAGUGAUAGAGUGCAUGAUCGUAUUAGAUUCAGACGGCUAGAAGAGAAUGAAACAUCAGAUGAAAUUCGUAUUCAUAAAGGAAAAGAUGGAUGGGUGUAUGAAAGACUGGCACCAUGAAUUGGCAAUGUUAUGAAGCUGUCUUCCUCAGAGUGUGAACGUUGUUAUGACUAUAAUAGGAACCUGUUACUUCAGUAUUUUUCAACUUUCUUGGGGACCUGUAGUUGAGUGAAGCUGAUUUUGUAUUUUCUUGUAUGUUGUUAUGCACUUCAUGUGGAGCUGGCAACAAGAGACUUUAUGAGCAAUAUUAAUAUGUUGUGCUUGUCUGGGAUCAAUAGGAAGAAGAUAGGUACUUACUGUGAAAACCUAAUAUAUAUACUAGUGGUAUCUUGCAAGCCCAGACAAAAGCAUUUGAACACACAAAUUAUUUAAAUAUCAGGAACCUUCUUUAAUAUAUUAAAUAGUGGUAUAGAUAAAAUGGGACUUGGGUUUCAGAAAACAAAUAAAAUGUAUUAUGCCUUAUCAGAUAUCUUAAAGAACAGUAAUAUUUACAGGUAGAUCAAAAUAUGCAUUAUAAAUAAUUAUUCAGCCAGUAAUAACAUAUGUAAUGAAACCUAGACUUUGGAAGUAAGGGGUGAAAGUGAGAGAGAAAGGAUCACUAGAUAUCCAAGCACAAAAUACUAAAUAAAUGUUUUUAAGCAGGGAUGUGCCCUGCAAUCUGAA